GUCGUAACUCACAUAAGUUAACCCCUCCCAAUAAGCUUAUCUCUUUACCACAUUUCUCUAUAAAAAUGAUCUUCUCUUCUCCUUCAAUCCCAAAAAAAUUUCACAAAAACAACCCUUUCAAAAUAUUUCGACAAAGCAAGCUGAUCAAAACCCAUAUUUCAGUUUUUUUUUUGUUUCAUCAAUGGCGUCAAGGAAGCUUUUUUUUGUCAAGCCUAAAUACAUCUACCCAGAACCAGAACCAGUUAUGUCGGAUGAGAAUGUCUUUGAGUUCGACGAAUCUGAUAUCCAUAAUUUAGGCGAUCACCAGCUGCAGAAUUCGUUUGAGGCCAAGAGAUCAAUAUCAAUCUCUCGGUUACGGAGAAAACCGGCGAAAACCGGAGAUUUUAUCGGUUCUGAUAACCGGAAUAUUACAAAAACCGGUUCGCUUCCGGUUAAUAUCCCCGACUGGUCUAAGAUCUUGAAAAGUGAGUAUAGAGGUCAUGCGAUACCUGACGAUGACAGUGACGACGACGAGGAGGAGGAUGAUGAUGAUGUCAACGAAGGUGGACGUCGGAUCAUUCCGCCGCACGAGUAUUUAGCAAGGCGGAGAGGAUCGUCGUUCACGGUGCAUGAAGGAAUCGGUGGUACGGCGAAAGGAAGAGAUCUAAGGCGAUUGAGGAACGCGAUUUGGGAGAAGAUUGGGUUUCAAGAUUAGUACUAAUGUAAUUUAAUUAAUUAUAACUCCUAUUAUAGGUAAAUAUAGAUAUGUUAAUCUAGUAAUUAGCAAUUACUUAGAUCUUAAGUAAGGACGACUUCGUGUUUUUUAUUGGGGGAGGCAUCGUUAUAUAGUUUUGGUCCGGUCCGAAGGAGAAUUUUUCGAUUUCCUUUUUUUUUGUUUUUUUUUUUGCUUAUUUCGUUCUUAUAUUUUUCUUUUUUUUUGUUCUGAAGUUUUGGGUUUUUAAUUUUUGAUCAUCGUCUAUAUUUCUUUUUUUUUGGGGGUUAUGAUAAAUAAUAGUUUUUUUUUUUUUUUUACUUCCCUAGCACUCGUUUCAUAAUAAAUGCACUAUUAAAUAAGAUGAAUGCCUAAGUGGUCGGUAAAAAAUUAAUAGAUAAAGUCAUAUUGUAGAUUAUGGAGCAUGUAUAAAAGUAACAAAACGAUAUAAUUAUUAUAUCAUAUAUACAGAAAGGUUCAUUAUUGAACGA